CGCAGCGGCGGUUGGCGGGCGGCGCUGAGGGGAAGAGGGGGCCGGAGCCGCCGUUGCGCAGCUCGGGAGGGAAGCGGAGCCCGUGACCUUCCGCUGCCGCCGCCGCCUGGGCCUGAGGGAGCCGGGCCCGGCCCGGACGCUGCCUGGAGCCGCCGCCAUGAACAACGUGGGAGGCGCUGACGAGAUCGGAAAGUUGUUUGUGGGUGGCCUAGACUGGAGUACAACACAAGAAACUCUCCGUAGCUACUUUUCCCAAUAUGGAGAAGUUGUAGACUGCGUGAUAAUGAAAGAUAAAACAACAAACCAAUCUCGAGGGUUUGGAUUUGUCAAAUUUAAAGAUCCCAACUGCGUGGGAACAGUACUGGCCAGCAGACCACAUACAUUAGAUGGCCGAAAUAUUGAUCCAAAGCCAUGUACACCUCGGGGAAUGCAACCAGAAAGAACGCGGCCAAAAGAGGGAUGGCAGAAAGGACCCAGAAGUGAUAACAAUAAAUCAAAUAAAAUUUUUGUUGGUGGGAUCCCUCACAACUGUGGCGAGACUGAGCUCAGGGAAUACUUCAAGAAAUUCGGAGUGGUCACUGAAGUUGUAAUGAUCUAUGAUGCAGAGAAACAGAGGCCCCGAGGUUUUGGAUUUAUUACUUUCGAGGACGAACAAUCAGUGGACCAGGCUGUCAACAUGCAUUUUCACGACAUCAUGGGCAAAAAAGUGGAGGUAAAACGUGCAGAACCUCGUGAUAGCAAAAGCCAAACCCCAGGGCCACCAGGUGCCAGCCAGUGGGGAAGCCGGAUCAUGCCAAGUGCUGCCAAUGGCUGGGCAGGUCAGCCCCCUCCUACCUGGCAACAAGGAUACAGCCCUCAAGGAAUGUGGGUACCAGCUGGACAAGCAAUUGGUGGGUAUGGACCACCUCCUCCAGGAAGAGGAGCCCCUCCUCCUCCACCACCUUUUACCUCAUACAUAGUUUCUACGCCUCCUGGAGGAUUCCCACCUCCACAAGGGUUCCCACAGGGCUAUGGCACCCCUCCACCAUUUAGUUUUGGAUAUGGUGCUCCACCUCCUCCACCUGACCAGUUUGCCCCUCCUGGAGUACCCCCUCCACCUGCCACUCCUGGGGCAACACCACUAGCUUUCCCACCGCCACCACCACCAUCUCAGGCAACUCAGGACAUGAGCAAACCCCCAACUGCUCAGCCAGAAUUCCCUUAUAGCCAGUUUGGUUAUGGACAAGACUUGAGCGGUUUUGGACAAGGUUUCUCUGACCCCAGCCAGCAGCCCCCCUCCUAUGGAGGCCCCUCGGUGCCACCAUCAAGUGGCCCACCUGCAGGAGGAAGUGGUUUUGGACGAGGACAGAACCAUAAUGUGCAAGGAUUUCACCCCUACAGACGCUAGCACAUGCUGGCAAUCAGGGAAUCCUGUCCACAGUGGGAUAUCUGGUAGCAGCUGAACCCGGGAAUCCUAGACUUCUGAACUUGUGACAAUCACAUACUUGAUGGAGGAAAAAAAAAUCUAACAACAUUGGGGGAGGGGAAUGGGAGGGGGAAUGGCUUUUGAAGGCAACGCUGUGGGUGUUUGGACUGCAGGUUUUAAAUAUAUUCCUUUCUCUAACCCAUCAGCACAAAUAAAGAAAAUGUCACUGGUUCAAACUACAGGGUUUUAAAAAUGUCUUCAGCUUUAAUUCAAAACUUCAGGUUUCUUUUUUUGAAAUUAUUUUUCCUGAGCCUUUGUUUUACCGUAUAUUGUAAACUUUUAUGUUUAAAGAAAAAUAUAUACAUUUACAGAUUGUGAAAUUUUUAAGAGAAAUUUUCUACUAUGUAUGCUGGCUUAUUUUUUAAUUUAAAACAGGGUUUCCGUUAGCAAUGUUGGAAGUGAUGGUCAGUUUCAACCCCUUUACUUCUAACAUAAUGGUGGGGCAGUUGGUCCAGAAACUCUGGGAGUUAAAAGAGAGAAAUCUACUGAGUGUAUUUUGCUUUUGUUACCUGACAGUAUAGAACUGGUAACAAUGCAGGUGCAGACUUGUUGAUGCACAGUGUCACUUAUGAAGUACAGCAUUUAGAUCUGUGCUUCAAACUCUUUAAAAUCCUCUGUGGAUUUCAUUCGGGGUUAACGGAGGCCUUGUUAAGAUGUAGAUUUCCCUCAGGCAAAAGGUUUAGGUGCAUUUUGCACUAACCAGUGAUUACCCCUGGUUUGAAUAAAGAGAAGUACAUUUGGAUUAGAAACAUAA